AUGCAGGCCGGUGCAAUACUAGCGCAGGAAAACAAGGAUCUACGCGCGGUGAAUGAGAAAAAGAAGCAAAAGCGAGCUAGAUCUAAGAGACAGAUCACUCACCAGGGCAGUCUAUCAAUGGAAGACGUUCAGCAGGUGAUUCGGGGCCUAAACCAGCCUUCUGAAGUUGAGAUAGUCACUCAGAUGGCAGCGGCUGCGCCGGCUAUUUCGCCUAGCCAGCGGCCAGCGCGCCGGCCACCAACCUGGAUGAAUUUAAUGGCGUUGGUGGUUAAUAAAAUCGAUUCCAAUUUAGGUGGUGUGGUCAGGUGCGUCGCUCGCUUACAUGCGUCGCUCGCUUACCGACCACGUUAUAUCUAA